CUGAAUGACCCUAUCUAUUCAGCAACCAUUUGCUCACCACUGACACAUUUUAGGGACGUUUCCAGGCAUCUCUGUAAAAGAGCUUUGCUAAAAUGUGCAGGUGUGUGUGAACCUCGCAUCCUGUCCCACUCUCACUGCCAGCUUUAGCUCAGCAUCCAUAUUUUUCGCAUCCGUGUGGGAGAGAGAGAGAGAGAGAGAGAGGGGGAGAGAGAGCAAAGGGAGUGGCAGACGCUGACAAAUCUCAUGCCGGGAAGCCGACUGAGCCAUCCCUGCACACACCAUCUGAAGUUCGCCGGCGCCGACUUCUUUAUAAUUCACAGGAUUUGGACUUCAUAAGUCCCGCAGGUAGAAUGGAGAGGGAUAUCCGCCAUCCUCACAUUUAGUGCCUCGAAAAAAAAAAAAAAAAAUCAACCCUUAAUAAGCUGCGAAACUUGAAGUUUCUCCAGUGGACAUAAUGAACAUGCUGAAGUCCAGUGGCUUGAAGAUCCCUGGCAGGGGUCCUAAACACUCCAGUCCAGUGGGACGAACAACUGCUGGCCCAUCAACCAGUCCUGCGGCUCAAAAAGACAGUUGCCCCUACAAGCAGACGACUCCCACCCCUAGCAGCAACGCCUCAGACAAGUCCAGCUCCAAAGCCUCUGAGGUGGGUGAUGAGGUAGCCGGGGACUUCGUAGUCGGUGAACGUGUCUGGGUGAACGGAGUCAAACCAGGAGUCAUCGCCUAUCUUGGAGAGACCCAGUUUUCCCCAGGACAGUGGGCUGGAGUGGUGUUGAAUGACCUGGUUGGAAAAAAUGAUGGCUCUGUCAAUGGGGUGCGUUACUUUGAGUGCCAGCCUUUGCAGGGCAUCUUCACCAGGCCUUCCAAGCUCACGCGGCAACCCAUCGGAGACGGGAGCGACGAGCAGCAGCAGAACGCACAGCUGCAGGGUGGUGCGGGAGCAUCCGGCCAGCGUGUGGUCAUGCCGCUCAGAGAAGGCAUGCUCAACAGCUCUGUCAAAACCGGCAACGAGUCAGGAUCCAACAUGUCUGACAGUGGAUCUGUGAAGAAAGGGGGAGAGAAGGACCUUAAGGUUGGAGAUCGAGUGCUGGUCGGCGGCACCAAAACAGGAGUAGUGCGUUAUGUGGGAGAGACUGACUUUGCCAAGGGCGAGUGGUGUGGAGUGGAGCUGGACGAGCCGUUAGGGAAAAACGAUGGGGCUGUAGCUGGAACCAGAUAUUUCCAGUGCCCACCCAAGUUUGGCCUCUUCGCUCCAAUCCACAAGGUGAUCCGCAUUGGCUUCCCAUCCACCAGUCCAGCGAAAGCUAAGAAGAGCAAGCGUAUGGCAAUGGGUGUGUCGUCUCUGGCUCACAGCCCCUCCAGCUCCUCCAUCAGCUCUGUCAGCUCUGUGGCCUCCAGCGUCGGGGGGCGGCCCAGUCGCACUGGCCUGUUGACAGAGACGUCGUCAAGGUAUGCAAGGAAGAUCUCGGGGACCACGGCUCUGCAGGAAGCCCUGAAGGAGAAACAGCAGCACAUAGAGCAGCUCCUGGCCGAGAGAGACCUGGAGCGGGCUGAGGUCGCCAAGGCAACCAGCCAUAUCUGCGAGGUGGAAAAAGAGCUGACGGCACUGAAGGCCCGACAUCUGCAGUAUGCAACAGAGGCAGAGAGCAACCUACAGCAAGCACGAGCCCUGCUGGCAAGCACACAGAAAGACAAAAUGGAACUGGCCAAUCAGCUUGAAGAAGAGAGAAGGAAGGUGGAAGAUCUUCAGUUCAGAGUUGAGGAAGAGUCCAUUACCAAAGGAGACCUGGAGACUCAGACCAAACUGGAGCAUGCCCGUAUUCGGCAGCUCGAGCAGUGUCUGCAUUUGGAAAAGUCCAAAGCAGAGCGGCUUCAGAAAGAGUUAGAGGAAAAGAUGCAAACAACAGUUGAGGAGAAAAGUCGUGUUAUGCAGCUGGAAGAGGAAUUGGCAUUACGCAAGGCUGAAGUCGAAGAGCUCCAGGCUCGGCUUCAGAGAGGCUCCUCCGGUCCAGGAACGGAUGCUGGAGACAGCGGACCAGGCAUAAGCUCUGAGACUCUGGUUUUACGGGAACAGCUUCUCUCUGCAGGUCGUGAACGCCGUGAAGAGAGCAGCCAGUUACGCGAAAGGUACGAAGCAUCUUUGAGCAGCAGCCAGAAAGAAGUCGAACGCCUUAAAACCACCACAGAACGUCAGAGCCAAGAGAUCUCCGACCUGAAGCAAAGACUUCAGCAGGCCACUCGUGAAAACAUGGAGAUGAUGGACAGCUGGAAAGCCAAACUUGACGCUCUAGUUGGAGACCAUCAGCGUGCUCUAGAGGAGCUGAAAGCCUCGCUAACAGGAGAUCGCGGGGUCGGUGAGACCAACGGAGGAGAGGGUGAAGGAACCACACCUGAGAUGAGAGCAGCUAUUGAGAGCUUAAAGAUGGAGCAGCAAUUGGAGUUAGAGAACCUGAAGGCCAAACAUGGGAUCGAUGCUGCCGUGAUGUCCAAAGAGCGUGAAGAUCUACGCGCAAGGCUUCAGGAAUUGCGGGACCAGCUCGAGGAGACUGAGGAGAACUGGAAGAUCCAGGUUGAAGCCAAGAGCAACCAGCAUUCUCUGGAGCUCAAAGAGGCCUCGGAGAAGCUUCAGAGGGCAGAGUUGAGGAUCAGCGAGUUGGAUAAGUCCCAUGAAGAGCAGGAGAAGGCCACAAAUGUUCUCAAAGAGCAACUGGAGCUGGCUAAGAAGAAGAUGGUCGAUUAUGAGGCCCUGCAGAAGGCUGAAGCUCAGAGCAGAGCAGAGAUCCUCUCUCUGCAGGAGAAGCUGAGAGUCAGUGAGAACCGACUGCAAGCUGUAGAGGCGGAUCACACCACCCAGGAUGUCAAUAUGAUUGAAAAUAAUGACAACUCUGAAGAGAAGAUUAAACUAAAGCAGAAUAUGGAAGAAACCCUGGAGAAACUCACAAAAAGGGAAAAAGAAGUAUCCACUCUUACCACCCAAGUAGAUGCCCUGAAGACCCAAAUAACCGCCUUGGAGGAAAAAGUUCGUUUGGGAGAGAAGGCGGCAGAUGGACUCGUAAAGGAAAAGACGCGCUUGGAGGCAGAGCUGGAGUCCAUGACCAAGAAAUCCCACGAUGCAUCAGGCCAGCUGGUGAUUAUUAGCCAGGAGCUUCUGAAGAAAGAGAGGAGCCUGAAUGAGCUUCGGGUGUUAUUGCUGGAAUCUCCACGUCACUCUGCGGGAGUGGAUCGCGACCUUAGCCGUGAAGUCCACAGAGCCGAGUGGAGGAUGAAAGAACAGAAACUACAAGAUGACAUCAAAACCCUCCGAGAGAAACUUUUGCUGCUGGGUCGGGAGAGGUCAUCUCCAGACCACCGCCGGUACUCGAUGAUGGACCCGUCUGCUACAGACACAGAGGUGGCCCGUCUACGUCAAAGGCUGCUGAACACAGAAGAUGCCCUGAGGAACGCUCUGGAACACAACCAACACGUGGACCAGCUAGUGCAGGCCAUGAGUACCCGACCGGACAAGAACCAAGUAAACAUGCAGACAGCACACGCUAGUGCAAAUUCUGCAAAUGGAAUUCAUCAAGAAGAUACUUCCUUCACACAAGAGGAAGAACACUGAUGAGGGCUCAAACAGUUCUCGGAUGGGAAGGACGAAGCCAAUUUGAUGCCUAGACCUUUGGACUAAUGCUUCACUGGACAUCUUCUUUUUUGUUUACACUUAACACCAAAACGACGACUUUAUAGAGGAACAAACAAAUCGAAGAAUAUCUAAAAUGAUGCUAUAAAAAGACAUAACGGAAGUGGUUUUUAAGGUCAGUGGUACACGGACAAACUGACACCGACCCUGUAAACUACCUCCGAGAUGGACAAUGAUGUCUGACUUAAACGAGAGAACGUUGGUCAGGAUACUUGAAUCCUCGGAAAAUCCAAUACCCUGCUAUACUCUCAGUUGGCUGUAACCGUUUGCAGUUUAGAAAACACUUUUGGCCUCGAUUUAUACCGUUUAAUUUAUUUGCCAUUUAUGCUUUUUAAAAAUGGUAUAUUCAAAGAGAUAGCAUAAGGUUUGAAGGUCUUGGGCUGGACACUGGUCACUAGAUACUGUAGCAAACAAGUCAAUAAAACAGACAGGCUCCCUCAUUACAUACCUGCUCAUUUUUGUGUUGAUUUUUUUUAUGGAGACAUGAAUUUUAAAGUAUGAAUUAUACAGUAUUCAGCAAUCAUGUUCAACGAAAUUAGCAAGUUAAGGUGCACCGUAAAGCUUCAAGAACCAGUAUUGCAGUUUCAGUCAAUAUUAGUGCAUACUUUUGUGAUAUUAUAAAACAUUAGCAGACAAUGCCAACUCCCAACCUGUAGUUAAUUCAAAUGAACAAUGAACCAACAGCUUUUGUUUCUUGUUUUGAAUCAUUUGCUGAAUCAUUUCAUUCUUUUAAAUCAGAAUCUUUUCUUGACGGACUUAAGAGGAGGUACUACAUGCACAAGUGAUUUUUUUAUUCUCUGUGAACUAGUUUUCAUUAAAAUGGGAUUUCGUUUCACCACUGAAAAUACAGCAUUUUAAUUUAGUUCUCAUUAAAAUGCAAAAAGCAUGUUUGUUUACAACCACACAGCUUUUUAUUUAAUAUUUAAAGCACACGUGUUUUUAAAGUUAAAAAACUGCAUAUUUAAUAUGUUUUGUCAUAUAUAGGUAAGUUCAUUUUAAUAAAAGGAAAGGAUCGACUGUAGUACCUCCCUUUAAAAGAUUAAGAAAGACUUUAGCAUUUUCUCUGAUCAGAUUUCGCUUUGUCCAUAUGGAUCUUUGUAGUAACAGAAACAGUACAAAACAUAACUGCAAUUCCCGUAAGUGUCUGCUCAGUGGUAUUCCAGAGUUAAUCUCUCUUUUGAAAAACCAUGUGGAUGAAA